AUGCACUUGAAUCGGAACUCAAUCGAGAUCUAUCUCUCCAAGCUGUUCUACCGUUUUGGCUACUCGAUCGCCGAGAACCCAGCGACCGGAAUCUUAUUAUCUCUGAUCAGCAUCUGUAUCCUUUCGAGCUUUGCGUUUUAUGAGCUGGAAUACCUUGACGACCCCGAGUAUCUCUUCGCACCGACACAUUCUCGCUCCCAUUUGGAACGUCAAACCGUGGCUACGCUUUUCCCAACAAACGCAUCGAAUAACUUCGACGUUGGAAGAGCAACGAAACAUGAAGCUUUCACCCGCGUGAUCAUCGAGGCUAAGAAUAAUUCUGUUCUCACCGAAGACACAUGGAAGGACACAUUACAGCUCGAUCAAUUAAUCCGCUCUAUGAUGACGACAUUCAACGAGAAAAACUAUUCCUAUCAUUCAUUGUGCGCAAAAGACAACGGGAAAUGCUUCUCGAACGAGUUCCUCAGACCUCUGGCGGGCAUCCUGCCUUCGUUGGCCACAGGAAAAAGAAGACUGGCGUAUCCCUUAGAAAUACUCGGUGAUGUUUAUUUGCCGACUGGGGUUGUCUUCGGGGGGGUUCAGUUGAGCGUGGACGGGAAAACGCUAGUCUCUGCGAAGGCUUUGUCUCUUCAUUACUACCUCGAAGCGGAUUCGCUCCAAAGCAAAUACCGGGCACAGCAGUGGGAAAACGCCUUCGUUGAACUCCUGUCAGACAUGCGUUUGUCGACUGUGAACUUGUAUUUCUUCACUUCUCGCAGCCUGGCGUCCGAACUCGAGAGGAACACUCUCUCGAUCGCUCCUCUCCUCACAAUUACGCUUGUUAUUAUGGUGGUUUUCACAAUGCUUUGUUGCUGUAUGAUGGAUUCGUGGGCUAAGACGAAGCCGUGGAUAGGUUUAAUUUCGUGCAUAAGUGUUCUCUUGAGCGUGAUGGCCGCAACCGGUACGUUGGCUCUGCUGGGCAUCCCAUUUAUCGGCAUAAAUCUUGCUACGCCCUUUCUCAUGUUGGGUAUUGGACUGGACGACACGUUCGUGAUGCUUGCAGCUUGGCGACAUACCGAAGCGAGUAAUCCGGUGCCGGAACGAAUGGCUGAAAUGCUGUCCGAUGCAGGGGUGGCCAUCACAAUCACUUCGCUAACGAACGUGAUUUCAUUCAUCAUCGGUGCUUACAGCCCGUUUCCAUCGGUUUUCAUAUUCUGUGUGUAUACGGCCAUUUGUGCCGCUUACACAUUUGUGUUCCAAAUCGUAUUCCUGGGCGGUUUCAUUGCGAUCUGCGGACGUUUCGAAGCUCAGGGACUGCACGGUCUCCUCUUCCACAAAAUCGCCCCAAGCCCGAACUCCCAGGUCUCUGCCCGAACUCUGAGAGAGCAUAUUCAUUCAUAUAAAUCGUAUCGAUCAAGCGUGGAAGAGCAGGAGACGAACUUCUUCCGGGACGUGUAUGCGAAAGCUCUGGCUCUGCCACCGGUAAAAAUGAUGAUCCUCGUUUUGUUCGCGGUCUAUCUGGCCGGGGCGAUAUACGGGUGUACCCAGCUCAGGGAAGGCCUCGAUCGAGCGAAGCUGACUCUGGACGUUUCCUACGCAAAGGACUUCUUUCAAGCAGAUGACAGAUAUUUCAAAAGUUUCCCCUAUCGGGUUCAGGUGGUUUUCAAUCGACCUCUCGAGUACACGACUGUCGAAGUUGCGGAACUGGUCGCCAUUGUGAAUGAAUUUGAAGCUUCGCCCUUCGUGAACAAUCGGGAGCUCUCUGAGUGUUGGUUCAGAGACGGCGUCAAUGCAACCCGAAUCAAGAGUUCCUUCCGAGGACUGGUGAGCCGACUGAAAUUGGGCAAGAUAACUGAGUAUUUAGCGACACGGGACAUGUCCAAUCUAAGGAAAGAUGUGCGAUGGGCGAACAGGAGCAUUGUCUCCUCGAGGUGUAUGAUUCAAGCGAGGAAUGUGCACACGAGUAAUGACGAGAAAGCAAUGAUGGUGGCCUUGAGGAACAUUGCGGAUCGGCAUCCUGCGUUCAACAUCACUGUCUUCAACCCGAUGUUCGUUUUCUUUGAUCAAUUCCUGCUCGUCCGGUCCACGACUAUGCAAUCUGUGGGGGUUGCCACCGUGGUCAUGGUCGUUGUCGCUCUGAUAUUGAUACCAUCGACAUGGGCUGUGAUCUGGAUUGCCCUCAGUAUCAUUUCGAUCGAAGCCGGCGUCAUUGGAUACAUGACGCUCUGGGGCGUCAACCUCGAUUCGAUAUCGAUGAUCAACCUCAUCAUGUGCAUCGGAUUCUCAGUCGAUUAUUCAGCUCAUAUCGCUUACGCAUUCUUGAGCGGAAAAGCAACGACGGCUGAUGCUCGCCUCUCAGAGACACUGGGUGGGCUCGCCGUCCCUGUGCUUCAAGGUGCUCUCUCGACGUUCCUCGGUAUCCUGAUUCUAGCUUUCACCCCGUCCUAUAUUUUUUUGACGUUUUUCAAGACCAUCUGUUUAGUAAUCGUUUUCGGCGCCCUGCACGCAUUGGUCUUCCUUCCUGUGUUCCUAUCGCUGACUUUUGAAUGAAGUCUCUCCUUGAGAUUUUUGGGAGGAGAGUGUUACGGCGCAGAUUCGAUCCUCUGUCCGACGCUUCACGACGACUAGAUCCAUUUAGCAGAGCCCGGACUCCGAGAGCAUUUAUCUCGAAUAAAAAGGCAAAUGAGAGGGGAAAG